AUGGCCACUACCAGUGGAACUCUGAAUGGAGCUGUGGAUGUAGCUGCCCAGGAGCCUACCAAUGGAAUUGAAACAAACGGAGUAGAACACAUUGUUGACGAGAGCAUUGCUGUCAAACCCAAUGCGAUCAAUGAUGUACCCCGCCUGCUUGAGGAUAUUGCUUCUAAUGGGGAAGCCUUGGCCCGAGAUGGUGCACAGAACCGCCGUCAGCUUCUGGAAGCUGCACGCUCUUUAGUUUAUGCACUCGAGACUCCUCGUGAGUCCAUGAUUCGCUUCUGCUGGUCUCAGAGCACUGUAUUUGCUGCCAUCGAGAGCAGCAUUAAGCUAGGACUUUUCAAAGCCCUAUCCAAGGACGACAAGCCAAAAACGGCCGCGCAGCUUGCCGAGACCACUGGGGCCGAGCCCGUUUUCCUUAGCCGUAUCUUGAAACAUCUCGGCGCUAUGGGUGUGAUCAACGAGACUGGGCCGGACACUUAUAAGCCAACAAAUUUGGCAAAGACCUUGACCAUUCAGAAAUACGCGGAUGGAUUCCCAUGCAUGAAUGACUGUAUCUCGGCUGGGAUAGAAAAGCUCCCACAGUGGCUCGAGAAAAAUGGAUACAAGGCACCCAGCGACGGCAAGAACUGUGCUAUGCAAAUCGGUUUCAACACUGACCUCCACUUCUUUGAAUUCCUGGCGACAAACCCCGAGUACCCCGUCCGCUUCAUGAACCAUAUGGCUGCAUACCACCAGGGCCGCCCCAGCUGGAUGGAUGCCGGGUUUUACCCGGUUCAGGAAAGGUUGGUCAAGGGCCUCGACAGGGAUGCGCCCCUGCUAGUCGAUGUUGGCGGAAGUACUGGUCACGACUUAGCCGAGUUUCGUCGCAAGCAUCCCGAAGUCCAGGGCCAGUUUAUCCUCCAGGAUCUGCCCGAGGUGAUUGAGAAAGCUCAGACGCUCAUCAGCCCGGAUAUUAAAGCUAUGGAGCAUGACUUUUUCAAGGAGCAGCCAGUCAAGGGUGCCCGGGCUUACUUUAUGCAUUCUAUCCUACACGACUGGCCCGACAACAAGUGCCAGGAGAUUCUGACCAAUCUCGCCCAGGCCAUGAAACCUGGCUAUAGCAAGAUUCUCAUCAACGAGAAUGUGAUCCCCGACACAGAUGCUGACUGGCAGACGACGUCGCUGGACAUUAUCAUGAUGUCCCUUUUUGCGUCACAAGAGCGCACCGAGCGUCAGUGGCACGCUCUGGCCGAGUCAGCUGGUCUGAAGAUUGUCAAUAUUUUCACUGCCGAAAAGGGUGUUGAGAGCUUGAUUGAGUGCGAGCUUGCCUAG